AUGUUGAAACAACAAGAAAAACACGAUGGUUCAACAACAACAAGAGUUGCUGAUUCAUACAAAGAUCACAGGGUAACUAUGAAAACCCUACAACAAUUACUAUUAAAUUAUGAAGUGAUUAAUAAUGUCGAGUUUAUGAUUUGUGAGAAGAGAAUAGAAGAUAAUAAAAGUAGAGAAAAGAAGAUGCAAGGAUUUGGUAAUAGUGAUUUUGGAAGUGCAUCGGCACCUCCUAAUCAAUCACGUAGUAGCAGAUCGAUUGGCGGUGGAUUCCAAGAGAAGAAUCCAUGGCUAGAGACAAUGAAGCUCUUUGAUUUCUAUCCAAAGCUAGACGAUAGUGUACCGAUGCAAAAGACGGUGUACGGCGGUGUCAUCACAGCGAUCUGCAUGAUAUUCACAAUGUUUCUGCUCUGUUCGGAGCUGUACUACUAUACAUUCCCGAUUCGUGAUCAUUCACUCAAGGUCGAUGUCACUCGUGGCAAUCGGCUGCUGAUCAAUAUCGACAUCCACUUUCCAAGUCUGAUCUGUUCCGAUAUCAAUGUGGAGUCGAUCGACGGUAUCGAUGGUCGUCCAAUCAAGGAUGCAUCGUACCAGAUCGUUCGUGAGCGUUUGGAUCGCAACGGUGUCGUCAUCGAUCCGUCGAAUCCACCACCCGGUUUCUUUGAGUGCGUCAGCUGCCGAUUGCCAGCCAACUCCAAGUAUGCCGUGCUCUAUCCUCAGCGUUGCUGCAACAAGUGCGACGACCUACGUGAAUUCUACCGCACCAACAAGAUUCCACAGCACUACGCCGACCAGUCGCCACAGUGUAUGAUUAGCGAUCCCGAAGCGGAAGACGAAGGUUGUCGUAUCUACGGUACACUCUGGGUGCAAAAGAUGAAGGGUGACAUCCAUAUUUUGGCCGGUAUCAGACCGGGUUACAAUGCACCGGGAAUCUACUUUAAAUACGAUUUGUCACCACUCAUGAUUGAAGUCGAUCAAUCAUCGAAACCAUUUGUAGAAUUAGUAACCUCGGUUUGCGCAAUCGGUGGUGAUAUAUAA